CCCAACUAAAAAGAAACAUUUGCUAGGCUGGGAUUCCCAGAGGGUGCCACUUUGUGCUAUAAAAACCAGUGCCUUACCUUGUCCAAAUAACCUUAACUACAAAAUCUGUCAAAUUGCGAUAGUAUUAGCAACUUUGUAAUUGUUACUCAUGGUAACUUAGUAAGUAUAUUCUCAAACUUCUCUUUCCCUCCUUCUUUUUAAAGAAAAGUUGUGCAACUUUCUUCCAGCUUAUAGUAAGUACUACUAAGUUUGUCUUGCCCAAGAUAUUUUUUGUGGCAGAAAGAACUGGUUCUUAGCAUGGGUGAUGUAGGAAAUGCUUCAGCUGCAGGCUGCACCAAUGCAAGGCGUGGAGCAAGUCGGGGCAGAGGUCAAGCUGUCUCUCGUUUUGUUCGGCCCAAGAAACCUCCUGCAGGUGCUAAUGGCGGUGAUAAUACAGACGGUGUUGUCACUGUGCGCAACAAUAGGCCCAUUGUUAGGGGAUUUGCUGAUGCUGGAGCCAUCUUUGCUGAUAAAAAAUCCUGCAGCAAGAAUGAGCUUCAUCCUCAGGAGAUUAAAAGUGCCCGUAGAAGUGGCAUGCUAAACCUCUCCAAUCGAGCUCUGGAUGAAGUUCCUGCCAAAGUGUUCCGGCUGCAAGAAGUGGACUCUACAGAAGCCAAGCAGCUGACGCUCAACAUGAGCCUUGACAACAGCAGCGACGACCGCUGGUGGGAGAGCGUUGACCUGUCCAAGCUCUACCUCAACAGUAACUCUCUCACUGUCCUGCCUCCUGACAUCCGCCUCCUGCCCUGCCUCACCAUUCUUGAUCUGUCAGACAACCAGCUGUCAACACUGCCCCAGGAGAUAACGGAGCUGAAGGCCCUCCACCGCCUCACUGUGAGCCACAACAAACUCACACAGCUGCCUCACAAGAUACUCCAUCUCCCGGAACUUCGAGUCCUCAAAAUGGACCACAAUGAACUCACAUGCUUACCUGACCUCAUGGAGCUCACACUCCUGGACCAGCUGGACGUUUCCCACAACAAACUGACAGCGCUGCCGGACAGCAUCUGCUACCUCACCCACCUCACUAACUUGUGCGCCUCCCACAACAACAUCAAGGAGCUCACUCCUGAACUGGGUGACCUCUCAGGUGAGCUGCCUGCCCUGAACUGGGUGACCUCUCAG